AUGUCAUUGAAAGAGGAGGAAUAUGGUUGCGAUCGGUUGGGCAAGCUUUUGUUUCUUCAACUGGAUCCCACCAUUCGCCAGCUGUUGGCAUUGCUGCAGCGACAGCAGGAAAUUGCAGACAAAAAUAACGACAUGUUGGAUAAUAAGGAAGAAGAGAUUCUCGGAUUGUUGCGUCAAGAGGCCACGCUACUCGAAACGAUACAGCGUCGUGUCGUCGAUUUUCCUCAGACGUUGGCCGCCAUCGGCAUGUCAUCAUUGUCAUCAUCAUCCGAUCCAUCAUCGUUGUUUGUGGAAUCCCUGGCCAUCCUGAUGGAUUACAUUACGCUUCCAAUUGUCGCCAUUCUUCGACGACAACAACAAUAUUCCUCUGUGGUGGAUCCAAAAUCCGUCGUGGAAACAACGCGACGACUACUACAAAUUCGACAAAGUGCACAACGAAAAAGCAGUACCGUGGCGGCUCGGACAUUACAGCUGUGUCUGGAACGGAUGGAACAGGGAUCCGUCAGUCUGUCCCCGAUCAAACUCAAAAAUCUACUGCUGGCGUGUGCUUCGGCGUUACCUACGGGACGGGAAUUAUCCGAACAAUCAUCAGCAACCAUGGGCUUGGAUACAGGGGAUUUUUAUUUGGAGUCGGUGUUGACCACCAUUGAGUAUUUGUUGCGACUGGGAGCGCCCGAGGGAAUAUUGCAACCAAAUGGGAAUGGAGAAAAAAUAAGCAAGGACAAGGAAAUGGCGUCGGCCAUGGAUGGAGCUCUCCUGGCCCAUCUCGCCGAUGUUUGCAUUGCUAUUGUGGCCCCUCCUUCCACAUUUCCUUUCACUACCAUGAAACAAGCAUUAAGGACAUUAGAGCAGCUCAUGGAGGCAUCCCCUAGUCCUUUGGCAUGGCGAUCACUAUUCCCUGGGUUGUUUGCGGGACUGUUUCGGACCAUGGUGUCGGGCUUGACGCUGCAAACCCAAACGGCACAGACCAAGCCAGUCGUGAUUGUGUCUAGUCUCAAGGCAUGUACGAGGCUUCUCAGGUUGACACUAGCCGACAAUGCAUUGCCGGAACAGAAAACUAGUACUGUCAACACCUUGUCAGACUUGAAGAAAUCCAUCGCACAAAAGCAACAACAACAAUCGGGCAACAAUAACACGAGGAAAAUUCUGGGGGACAAUUCCAACAGCAACAAAAAUGGACAAUCUACAACGACGACACUACACAAAGAUGAUCCCAAUGAAACCUUUCUGGAAGCAGUCAACAAUCGAUUACCAGGACCCUUGACGGUGCUAGCCAAUUUGCUCCUGACGGCUCCAAAGGAAGAAGUAAGGAGGGAAGCGUCGGAUCUGUACCGUGUCCUGUUGCUGGAGGCACGCGCCUGUUGGGACAAGGAAAUACAGACAAACUUGAGCAUGCUAUCAUUGGAAUCGUCCUUGAUUUUGUCCAGGGAUGACGAUCGGGGUGUAGCCAAUGCGGCACAAUCAGUUCUCAAUGACUAUCAACGCAACAAACAGUUCAAGCUUGACAUGAAUUCAUUUCUGGCUCCCAAAACAGUGGCCAUGUUGGAAGAACUUGCUGCCUUGGCGCAGCGUCAGUCGGAAGUGGAACUGAGAAAAAAGUUGAAGCUAAUCACUGCUCUUGUAUCACUCAACAACAACAAUAGCAGCAAAACAUCGUCUUCGAAAAGCAAGAUUUUGCGAUCCUCGCUCGCUACAGAAGGCGUCUUUCUCAAUUUGCAACAAGCCUUGUCCACUUUGUUGGAUUUGGAUUUUGAGUCGCUUGGCGAACAGCGCUCUUCAUUUGCAAUCAUCACCCUUGUUGACGGGGAAUUGGACAGGCAAGCCGUGGGUCCAAGGGCUCCUCGUCGCAAAUUCUUGACUCCUGCCUCGGAAAGAGAGACUAUGGCAAUGCUACAGGAACUUGGAAAACUAUUUGGGCCCAAACAGACUGCAAUUCUGGUAGAUUCCAUGGUCGCAAACCUCUUCAACGACUGUCUUGCACGGAUGGAAGCCGGGACCUCUCGAAGUGGACAUAGUCAAGUCACGUGGUGUCAUGCAUGGGUUGGUUGCAUGACUAUCAUUCAACAGCUUUUGAGAGGUGGUUUUGCCACUGUCGACCCGUCAUCCUCUUCCAAAAAGAAGGAUAAGAGGGCAAAAUAUCUCGGUCCACUGGCAACAUCCAUACUUCCCAUCAUUGUGAGCUCGCCUUUGUGGGACUUAACCUUGACCGAACCAGAACUAAAGGAUUCUCCGCAGCAAGACCAACCUUUGAUCGAUCGCCCCGGUGCAUUAGCACUGACUGACGACUCCUUUUCCGCCGGUGCAUUGAGGGGAAACGCUUGUUUGAUUCAUGGGUUGAUUGGGAUUGUCCAAACAGUCACGGAACUACUUCGAGUGGAAGCAAGCUCUUUGCUGGCCAUGGUUCUGCCUCCACUGUUUGAAAAGGCCACAAUCGCUAGGGCUGAAUACGUCAGGGCGGGUGCUCGCGCUGCUCUGGAAUCUGUGGCAAUCUCUGUUGGAUACACGACAAUGGCAGGAAUGAUAAAUGAAAACAUGAGCGUGGUUGCAUCCAGCAUUUUGGCCAAGCUCCGACUUCCUGGAGGCGUCUCUUCCUUUCCUGCGGGCAAAAUGAACUCUGACAUCUUUGACACUGCACAUACUAUACAAAUGAUGUUGGAACUAGCCAUUCGCGGAAGUGGGGCGACAGGGGAAAGGGAAGACAGGGAUAUCUUGUACAUUGAUCGUCAAAACAUUUCAUAUGUUAUUGAAUUGGUGAUGACUUUGACCGAAAGAUACGAUUGUCUGGGAUCCAAGGGCUCGCACGAAUCGGACAAAAGCCUCACCAUCGUGCAUGCGUAUGAAUCGGCGUUUCGAUUCGCGAACCAUGCAUACCGAACCAAAGAGUCCGCUGCUAGACGCUCUUUGGAGAAAUCUCAUGCAUCAGAUCCAAACCCUUGGCUGGAACAGCUAGAGCCUUUUCGUGCACUGCAUUCUGUGCCGAUCGAGGUGAACGACGGGCUCGAAGGUGACGUGUUGUCACCGAAAGAUGGUUUCGAAGCAUAUCGCAAUAGCAACGAUAGGGAGGAGCAAGGGACGGAGCAAAAGGAACAUCCUAAAGACAAUCAUGACAUUGUGAGCAACCACGAAAUCAGGUUUGUUUCCAUGCUGGUCUCCCGGUGCACUUUCUUCCUCUCCAAUUACAGCUUGAAGCUGCAAAUUGACAGUUGCACCGCCAUGGCUGAGGGGUUUCGCUUUCUGGCAAUCGUUGCGUUGAUAUGCAAGGACCCUGAAAACAAAACUGGCACCGCUAUUCUUCGUCAAGUGAAUGACGCCUGGCCAGCUAUUCAUGCUCGUCUUGUGGCUCUAACUAGCGAGAUACGAGCUUCCCGAGCCAGGUCGAUCGUCAUUGCACAACGACACUCUGCGAUUCCAACUUUUUAUGCGACAGAGGAUGUUUCGACUAAGCGGGUAUUCUUGUCGAAGCUCUUCGAUUUGAUUGCCAUCAUGGCAGAAUGCUCAAAGGAAUUCAUCGCCAGUCGCAUGCAAAAUGAUGUUUUCCCGCUCUUGGGAGAGUUGCUGGGCGAUUUUGUCACCAAUAGCUCUGAUUUGCGGGAGUCCCGUCGAGAUGGCCAGGCUUUCUCAGGCCACAUCCAUCCGAGACAACCCUCGGAGACGCUGUUGAUUGUUGCCAUGUUGACAUGCUUCUCUAAACUCUUCGACAGAGGUGUUUGCGGCCGCUCCUUGGCAGGGUUUGUUCCUUCUGUAGGAACGAUGAUACUGCCGUUCUUGGGGGAUGCUCAUGUCGAAACAAGCAAAGCCUGUGAGACAACGAUCCGGCAAAUGGUGCGAAUUGACUGUGAUGCCCUCUGGAGGCCUUUAGUGCAGCUAAGUGGUGGAAUUGUCGCAGUUCCAAAGCCAGGGGAAUCUCAUCCCACGAGCAAUACCAGCGUAGUUGCAAAUGCAAGCUCACAAACGUCGCUCCAGCACCGUGCCGCUGAACUUGUCAUGUUCAUCAACUCCCUCCCUGAGCAACCCCUCGACUAA